UUAAUGGCUUACAUAAAUGUUCUUGUUGAGCCCCUCCCCAUUCUCCCCCCUGGUAUGUAUAGGCCUAUAUAAGAGAUGAGGAUGGAACCAAAGUGAAACAUAAUGUAACAUGCAGACAGUCCUAUAGUGUGAGACGUGUAUAAUAGUGAACUACAACUGCCUAUAGUCCUGGGACUACAAACUUCCUGGAGGCCUCACAGUGCAGUGAAAUCCUAUCUGAUUGGCUGGCUGCAGUAAUCCUUGAAGGUGGGUGCCCCUCCCGCGCAGCAUCAGCACCAGGACACGCAGGCUUUGCAGCAUCCUCCGCGCGCGUCUGGCGUGCCUUUUCGUCACAUGACGACGUGUCGGUUUACAAACACUAGGCAUUCCUUUCUUUUGCCUCUAUGGUGAAGGAGAGAGAAUGGAGGGAUGGGGUGAUGGUGAACGGGAAAAAGAAGAAUGAUCAUCAGCAAGGCUCUUUGACUUGGAAAACGGAUGUGUGUGAAACUGGAACCGAUCGCUUGAGGUGUGUGUGUGUGUGACGUAUAAUUCGGUGCAGUGAGGUAGAUGUCCGGGAUAUAGACAAGCAGAACGGGACUGCGUGACUGCUGCAGGGAAGAGAGAAGAGGACAGAGGGGGUUGAGUUUGUGUGGUCCACCGCAAAACUCCCACGGAGUCAAAAGAUGGAAAGAGGAGGCAUAGCAAAUGAAAACAGCACAAACGUGCCGACGGCUCAAGGAGGAUGGACUUUCUAUAAUUUAUUUACGUUUACUUUCGACGGAUUUAAGUAAUUUCUUAACCUGAACGGUUUGCCGACCGGACCGAUUAAGAUCUGAUCAAGAGCUACCUCUCUCAUCCUUCGGAUAGGUCCGGUAGUCGGGACCUUCGUGAGGACAGGACAACUCGGGCCUUGUUUCGAUGCGUGUUCCUCGUCACCUUGACAAGAUCCAGACCCACUCACCGCCCUACGCAAUACACGUCGUUUCUCAUUACCGUAGAAACAACGGGAUAUCUGGUGCUUAAUAACGGGUCCUGCUACAGGACUGCGGCCUCGGGGCUCCGCCCACCGCAAUGCUAUGGGCCUUGGGAGGUAGAGAUAUGGAGAGAAAAGAACGGAGCUGUGUGUCGUAAAUGCAUUCAGGUUCUCAAAGAUUAGCCCUAGGUAUUUUUUCUUAUUUUUCUCCUCACGUGAACAUGUUGAAGUUUGUCUGGGGUGCAGAUGUAAUAGGACAUAUACACUCUGCUAAGCAGCUAUUGCUGUUUUCAUAUGCUAAAUAGCCCAGUCUUCUGAGUUGAGAGUUUUUGGAAACCGCACUGUGGCGCGUCAGGAUCGAACCUUGGGGAUUAUUGCACAACGGGCUUUGUCAUCUGCCAAUUGACAACGCAGGGCCAAAGUGAAAAGGGGGUGAUUUUUUUCAAAGCAACCAACUCUUCAUCUCUCUUACACACUCACACACACACACACCGCAUAUAGGCCUACGCACACAUACACAGACUCACCACUCUCCACACAUACACAGACUCACCACUCUCCACACACACACAGACUCACCACUCUCCACACAUACACAGACUCACCACUCUCCACACAUACACAGACUCACCACUCUCCACACACGCACAGGCUCACCACUGUCCACACAUACACACACCCGCCAUGCCAUCCCCGUCAGACUCCAGCAGUGUAGUGUCUGCCUCUGGGUCUAGGGGCUGGUCAGAUAGCUGCCGGGGCAUGUCUGGCCGUCAGGGUGGGGCCAAACUGCUGCUGUACCUGGGGCUGUGCCACCUGGGCCUGGGGGCCAUGGUCCUGGCCUUCUCCUUCACCAGCAUGGCCUUCACAUCCUCAGCCCGCGUCCGACAGUCCUGCCCCUUCUGGGCCGGCUUCUUUGUUGUGGCAUCAGGGUUAGUUGGACUUAUCUCAUGGAGAAGACCACUCACUCUGGUGGUGUCCCUCUUCAUGCUGCUGUCUGCUGUGUGUGUCAUCCUUAGUCUGGCUGGAUCCAUGCUGUCCUGUCAGAACGCACAGAUGGUCAAGUCGCUCCUCACCUGCCAGGUGGAGAAUGGGUUGUGUGUGUGUUGCGCCCCAACACACUCCUGCUCUAUAAACGAGGAGGAGACCCUGGUACUCUACCUAAACGCAGACUGCCACUCUGUCAGACAUCAGCUCAAGGACCUGUUGUUCAGUGCUUGUGGUCUGAGUAUUCUCUCUACCAUCAUCUGUACUCUCUCUACUGUCACCUGUAGUAUACACAUCUUCUCCCUGGACCUAGUGCACCUGCUCGCCCCGCACCGCUCUCGCUCCGUCAACCCAGAAUGCACCACUCCUCAGGACGCCUUCCUGACCAACAUCAUGGACUUUGAGGAGUUUGUCCCGCCCAUCCCUCCGCCCCCCUACUACCCCCCUGAAUACACCUGCAGCUCUGAGACAGACGCACAGAGUAUCACCUAUAACGGGUCGAUGGAGAGUCCAGUUCCUCUGUACCCCACUGACUGUCCCCCUCCUUACGAAUUAGUGAUGGGACAGAGAGCAGCUAGCCAGGCCACGGUGUUUGACAGCCAUGGGAAUGAGCUGUCUGGAGAGAGGGCCACAUCCACUGCCUUCAGCGGAGAGGUCUCCAUGGACAGUGGUUCUCUGUUGAUGUCGGAGAUCAUUGACAUCCCAGACGACUCCUCACCUUCAGAGGACUCCGGCCUCGUGGGGGUGGGGGCUAGGGGGGAGAGAGCGAGCACCGGGGGAGUGGAGGGGGGAGACGGGGGAGAAGGAGGGGAGUAUGUGAGCUUCCGUGGCCCCCCUCCCCAAGCCCCGGAGAGUCCCCUGGUAGAGAGUCCCCUGGUGGGCCCCAGGGCCAGGCGAUGCUACAGAGGAGAGAGGUCCAACUCCUGCUCCUCAUCUAGCACUGCUACAGCUACAUACAGGUCUCCAGUGUUGAGGCGACAGGCUAUGUUGGCCAGUAGUUGUUCCCAGUUGGAGCUGCUAGAGGGCGCCACCUCUCACCAGCGCUCCUCUAUCCUAGAGAAACGAGUCGGGCCUUACACCCCUUUACGACACGGUUCUGCCUCUGCCUCUGCAGCUCCUCCCACUUCCUCAUCCUCAGCUGUCAAUCAGCAGGAUGGUCACGGCAAUGGCGUACCCCUCCCCCUACAGCCGUUGUACUUGCGUCGUCAGGGUGGAAGGAGCGAGAGGGGGGAUAGUGACGGGCUUCUGCCCCUAGUGAGGUCACACAGCGAGCCUGGCCUCAGCUCUUCUGCUGAUACAGUUGACUUCAGUGGUGGCUCAGUGGGCAGUAAAGGAGUGAGGGAGGGCUCUCAGACCUCUACAGACACAGGUCCGUCCUCCGAGGCAUGCCUGCUACCCCGCUCCUCUCUGGUGCCCCCCUCAGCCCUCCUCCCCAGGAAGGGCAGUGUGAAGGCAGCCACCAUGGGGCGCAACUUGCCCCUCUCCAAAGGCCCCACCAACUCUCCCUUGCACCUGCCCAAAGAAUGCAACCGCUCUCUUGGGGACCUCAAGGUGACGAGGGGGUUGGUGGCUCGCUUCCUGCAGCGCUCCAAACGGAACCUGGCGUCCUCCGCAGAGAAUUCUGGGAACACGGGACAGGGUCAGAAAAGGAGAGGCGGGGUGGAGGGCAACGGGACAGGCCAUCUCCCUUUAGAGCAGGUGUUACGUAACUCCUGGGGGGCCAGCCAGGGAUCCCACCCGCCACACCCUCAUCACCGUGGUCACCACCACUCCCAUAGCGACAGCCGCCACAACCGCCGUCAUAGCAACCAACCCCCUGUGAUGGAGGGGAUCCACUUGCGCAGCUGCGGCGACUUAAGCUCCUCCUCCUCUGCGUCGCUAUGGCGAUUACUGACGGCCAACCCCCCUCACGGGUCAUCAGGGGCACUGUACACAGAGUCAGCCCUGUAAGAGGGGGAGGAGGGAGGAAAGAUGGGAGGGGAUGGGGAGGAAAAUGAGAGGAGGCAGAAAGUGUACCCACACAGAGGAGAGUGGAGGCAUGGUAUGGUCUAAUGAAGAAGAGAUACAAAGGGAGGAGGAGAGGUGGAGGAUGGUAGGAUGAGUUAGACAGGGGAGAGGAAGGAUUAAGGAACAGCCUACUGACAUAUCAUGAUGGCCGGUGGAGAGAGUCAGCACUAUGAGGAGGGAACGACUGGACCUUUGCUACAGCCUUGUUCCAAUACUUUCAACAUGCAUACUACCGCUUUCCCUUCCUCCUUCCCCUUGGAGCCCUCCUCUGCACCUGCGCCUGGCCUUCCUUUGCUGAACUUUGACCUCUCAACUAACCUCCUACCUUCAACCUUCACCUAGCCAUACUGAACACAACUCUAUGGGAUCUCUCUUUAACUUCAAGACUAGAGAGGAUGGAGAGCAGGAGUAGGAUAAUGAAGUUUCCCCUAGACUCUGAGCUAUGGUCAGUUUAGUGUUUCUCCUCCUAAUGGUUAAGGUUAGGAUCAGUGGAGCAUAAGCUGAUCCUAGAUCUGUGUCUAAGGUAAACACCUUUCUGGAGCUGUGAACAUCACUCUUACACGAACCGCAUACACUCAUUAAACUGCUCACUCUUUUUCAAAACUCAAAUGUACGUUCAUUUGUCCAGCUCUUCAUCCGGAGCGAAACUCACUUUAUGUGUUUACGGAACUCACCUUUUUGUCUUCCACUCGUGAAAUGGUUACCCUUCCUUUUCUCCUGAUGACACUGUAAAAUGUACAGAAAAAUGUACACUCGUUUUGCCCACUGACAGUGAAAGUUUAAUGGCCUGCUAGUGUCGCCGUAUGUUUACAAACUUACAUCUUUAUUAGUAUUUUUUUGGGGGUUAAUUUUUUUGAGGUAAAAUCAACAUGUAAUCCUUAACGCCCCUUACCUAGUCCAUCUCCAAACUGCCUUCAGAAGAAAGGUGCCCCAAACUCAAAACUCACACACCAUCUACCCCAAACUCAAAACUAACACACCAUCUACCCCAAACUCAAAACUAACACACCAUCUACCCCAAACUCCAAACUCACACACCAUCUACCCCAAACUCAAAACUCACACACCAUCUACCCCAAACUCAAAACUGACACACCAUCUACCCCAAACUCAAAACUCACACACCAUCUACCCCAAACUCAAAACUCACACACCAUCUACCCCAAACUCAAAACUCACACACCAUCUACCACAAACUCAAAACUGACACACCAUCUACCCCAAACUCAAAACUCACACACCAUCUACCCCAAACUCAAAACUCACACACCAUCUACCCCAAACUCAAAACUGACACACCAUCUACCCCAAACUCAAAACUCACACACCAUCUACCCCAAACUCCAAACUCACACACCAUCUACCACAAACUCAAAACUGACACACCAUCUACCCCAAACUCAAAACUCACACACCAUCUACCCCAAACUCAAAACUCACACACCAUCUACCCCAAACUCAAAACUGACUCUUAUUACACCGAUCUAAGACAUCAUACUCCCAAACUCAGCAUUUCCUGUCUCUAUGUCCUUGGACAUAGCGAUUCGUAUGUUAUGGUACAACCCCCCAUAAUGUACUCCAAAUGAAACAGGAGCCUUGUUCAAAUACUACAACUUCACUCCCUGUGUAUCAAAUCCUAUAAAAUAACCAACCUCCUCCUAAGAAUGACUUUAGCUGCAUGUUUUGGCAAUGCUUCUUACUUUUCUCCCUUUCUCUCUCUCUCUUGCAUCCAAAACCUAGUUGCUCUGAGCCUUUGGACAUGUGUUAAUGUAUAGUGAAGGGGAUGGAUCAAUGUUGUGCUGUUGAACCCAGAGCCGUAGAUAUACUGGGUUCUAACAAACUAUCAUCCAUGAACUCUGUGAUGUGUCUGGCUCUGGCUGAACGGUUUUGUCUGAUCAAUUACACCUCAGUAUGAUUCCCAAAGCACUAAAGAGAUUCUUGCAAUAAAUGUACAGAUACGUUUGUAUAGAUGUUGGGGAUCAGAUAUUCAGGAUGGUAGUUCCAGCAAGACUUAGUGGGAACUAUGAGAAUCUGGAUAUUAUAGUCUGAUACUGGAGGUUGGUCGACAUAAAGCGUGCAGUAUUCUUAGAGGACAUACUGUCUGGAUUGGAAUAGAAAGCUGGCUAACCUCAACCCAGCCAGACAAGAGUUAUACACUCAAUGGCGAUAUUGUGAAGACUUAAGUUUUGAAUAUACAAACAAUUAUGUAUGUAAGUGAUUGAAACACAACACACAGAUACACAUAUGCACACACACACGCACACACGCACGCACACACACACACACACACACACACACACACACACACACACACACACACACACACACACACACACACACACACACACACACACACACACACACACACACACACACACACA